AUGGGUGUCCCAUUCGAGGCUCUGCUGCCCUAUGCCAUUAUGACGGGCUUCUUCGCAUUCAGCGCCGUGUCUGUCGGAAAGCUCAAGGAGAUCCAGAACGGAGGAAAGAAGACCAGGAGAGUGAUGGAGCGCGACCGCCGGCUGACAGGAUUCAUGCGCGGACAGACAGACAAGCCGAUUGCUCCGGAAGGCUUCGAGCUCAACAACCCAUGGAGGUGCGAGAAGCGAUUCCUCUAG